UAUCCAAGAAAACAUGCGGUUCGCGCACAUUUCAUUGAAAAUUGAACUUUUUUUUCUGUUGGCUCAAAAAAAUGGGAAAUCAAAAACAAAAUUUAGAUUUACAAGAUGAUAUUGAUGAUGGCCAUGGACAAUCGUUAAACACUUCGUUUGGCUAUGAACAAAACCGUGAUUCAAUAAUGGAACAGGAUUUACCUGCAACGCCUUCAACUAGCAAACGAACCGAUUAUCUAGUAUGGUGGGAUUAUUUUAUGUCCAUUUCUUAUAUUGUUUCAUUACGAUCAAAAGAUCCUAAUACACGUGUUGGUGCCUGUAUCGUUAAUGAUGACAAUCGUAUCGUUGGUCUUGGCUAUAAUGGUAUGCCAAAUAAUUGUUCAGAUGAUCAGCUACCAUGGGAUCGAACGAAUGUGGAUCCAAUGCAAAUUAAAUAUCUUUAUGUUUGCCAUGCUGAAAUGAAUGCCAUAUUGAACAAAAAUAGUUAUGAUUGUAAAAAUUGUACAAUUUUUGUGUUACUUUUUCCUUGUAAUGAAUGUGCUAAAAUGAUCAUACAGGCCGGUAUACGACGUGUUGUUUUUAUGACCGACAAAUAUCAUGAUGAUAUUCGAUUUAAAGCAAGUCGAAAAUUAUUAGUAAUGGCUGGUAUUGAAUUGAUACAAUAUACACCUAAACAGCGUCGUAUUGUAAUUGAUUUUGAUAAAUUUCUCGAUAAUAACAUAACGACAUCUACAAAAACAUCUUGAUUUAUAUUUUAAAAAUUUUUUCAAUUAAAAUAAAAAAUUCAUUCCAUUCUCA